AUGCUGUAUGUUAUUGACAGGGUAGUCCGUCAAGCUGGCGGCCCUUCAGGAUGUGGCUCGCGCGCCCUCGCUAGCACCGCGCACAACACGCCACGUCGCUACUAUCACAGCUGCCGGUUUCCAUGUUAUAUAAUUAUGAGUGGAGGAAGAUCGAGACCGCGUCCACGACGUCGGGACGUUUUCCAAGACAGGCAGCAGGAUUUGCUAUUCUCAUGGAGCGACGAGCUGUGCAAUAGCGAGGAGGUGCCAGAAGUAGAGAUCAUCAGCCUCCUUCAAGAACACAUACCAAAGUACAGACUGCGAGCUGACAGCCUCACACAGUUUGGAGGUUACGAAAAUCAAGACUGGUUCAUACCUUCACCAGCAUUACCAGUCAGCCAGGAAGACCUUGCACUAACACCUGAGCAGAUCAGGGAGACGCUCAACUAUUUUCUUCUAUGCAGCAACAGGGUGAGCCAAAUGACAAAAACCUACAAUGACAUCGAAGCGGUAACACGGCUCUUAGAAGAGAAAGAAAAAGAUUUAGAGCUGACUGCUCGUAUCGGCAAAGAGUUGCUGGCUGCAAACGGUCGGCUGGAGGCUCGUGUGGCCGCCUUGGAGACUGAACUGAAAGGGGCGAGGGAUCACAUCACACAGCUACGGCACGACCUCACUGCUAAGAGUGAUCUACUGCAGAUACUAACAAACGACACAGAGGAUGGUUCUCCAACAGCUGAGGAGCAAGAGGCGGCUACUGCGAUCGCUCUGAAGAAACGCACAGGCGCCCUGGAGAGAGAGAACCGGGCGCUGAGGGAUGAGGCGGCGCGCCUCGCAGCAGGAGCUGACUCCGCCGAGCUGGCUGAGAGACAACUGCUCAGGGACAUCGCCUCACAGCUUUCGAGUGCUAAUUCGGAAGCAGCGGUGUUAAGUUCGGAGUUAGCUGAAGAAAGCCAACGUUCCGCUGACCUCCAGCAUCAAUUGGACUCAACUAGCGCCAGGCUCACACUCAGUGAACGAAGCUUACAACAGUUGACGGUAGAACACGAGCACACUAUACGAAUAUUAGAAAUCACAAAAGAAAAUCAAAAUGCACUCGCAUCAGAAUUGGCGGACGCAAAGGAGCGGUAUGCAGAGGUGGCAGCGUUGUUGGCGGAGGCGCAGGAGCAGCUCCGCGCGGUCCGUCGUCGCGGUGAGAGCACCCGCGGCCUCAUGCCGUCCGUGGCGGCCGCUGCUGGGCUGCUACCAGCCAGCUUACAUAGAGAGAUGCACUCCUCCGUGUACUCAGAGCUCAGUCUCGACUCGGGUAUUGGAGACCCGCUCGCACAUUCAAGCAUGCAGAAGGUGUUUGAAACGGUGCAGUGCGCAUCUCGCUGGUCGGGUGCUUCACUGUCUGGCUCCGAGGACGAUGUCGCCCCCCGCGCCUUCAAGCCGGUUCCUAAAACCACCUCAGACUCAUUCUUCGAAGAUACAUCGGACACCGAGUCUGAGGAUUUGUACCCUGGUAACGCAGCAGUCGGCGUUCCUGGAGCACCGGGUGCCGCGGAGCUAGCAGCGGCCCUGAGGCGCCUCACUCCACAAGAGAUCAAUUCGCGGCGCGCUUCACUAGCGGCGUCGCAUUUGUUACAUCAAAGACGACGAUCUGACAGAGAUGCCAGUGAAGAGAGUGCGGUGUGGGGAGCAGGUGUGGCAGGUGGAAUCGCGAGGUUCCGCGCUCCUCACAAGUUACAGAUCGUUAAACCUAUGGAAGGAUCCCUUACGCUUCACACCUGGGCUCAGCUCGCUAAGCCUAAUAUGUCUGGCUUAUUAGAAGAGCAAGAAGGUGUUGGUGUGAGGGGCUCACGAUCUGCACAAUCGUUAGGCAUGAGGGUAUAUAGGUUAUCGGAUGUAGAAGAAGAUGAUGAUAUGCCGCGGCUACCACACUCCAGCCAUAUAUAUACAUUUACGAACAGCACGGUCUUACAUCCGAACGAUGGCAGCCUCGUAGGUAGCAGCGUGAGCAGCGUGUGUAGCAGCGGUAUGAGCAGUCUGUCCAGCAGUGUGCUGGGCAGCGCCUGGAGUUCGCGGCUCACAUCACGCCGGUCUUCCGCCGCGGUGUCACCGGUUCACUCUCGCCGAGAGUCGCUAUGCGUUCCCGUCCAGCGGUCACACUUCACACCGACGGCCACACCCGCAAACAGUCCCCUGUUAGGCUCGCCGGAUUCUUCACCUCCUCCCACACCGCGGCCCGGGGACGCCCCGCCCUCGCUUCACGCUUUGAUAGCGAGCGGUACAUCAAUACUCCGGCGACGAUACCUAACUUCUCCGAACUCCGACGGGUCACCGGCCCCGCUCGCUCUACAAACCCCGGGUUCUCUAUAUAUGGGUCUCGUCCAUCGCAGCCCGAUGGAACAGCUGACUUGUCUGAAGAGAACGCUUCGAUCGCCCGCUGCCGCGCCUUCAGAGCGGUCGGAUGAUUCGGAUGCUCCACUGGGGGUGCCCGCUCACCCGGGUGAGGGAGCUCUAGACGUGGCUGCCUCGAUGGGGUUGGGAUGCGUAACGGGGCCCUCAAACGGGGCGCGGAGGCCGCGAGUGAGAGCACCUCGACCCCGUACCGACCUGGGUACGGUGGGAACGGCGCCUGCCUCUAAUAACGCACCUGUACAGUCAUCUCCCCUAGGCACUCUCAGCACUUUUCUCUUCGGUCGGAAAGGUGGCCUUCUGUGA